AUGGCAUCGCCAGACAGAGCCAGCGGUGUGGGCAGCAGCCCCGAGGAGACGGAGCUCAGCAUCACCCUGACCCUCCGCAUGCUUAUGCAUGGCAAGGAGAUCGGCAGCAUCAUUGGCAAGAAAGGAGAGACUGUUAAGAGGAUACGAGAGCAGAGCAGUGCACGCAUCACCAUCUCAGAGGGGUCCUGCCCCGAGCGCAUCACCACCAUCACCGGCUCCACCAAUGCCGUCUUCCGCGCUGUCUCCAUGAUCGCCUUCAAGCUGGAGGAGGACCUGGGAGCAGGGAGCGAUGGGGCAGCAGUGGGCAGAGCACCUGUGACGCUGCGCCUUGUCAUCCCAGCCAGCCAGUGCUGAGCCUGGUGGGGGGGUUAUGGCUGUGGCAUUCCAGCAUCUCCCUUUACCCCUGCACAGACCACAGGGGCACAGGUGCAGGUGGCCGGCGACCUGCUGCCCAACUCGACUGAACGGGCCGUCACUGUCUCGGGAGUGCCAGACUCCAUCAUCCAGUGCGUGAGGCAGAUCUGCGCCGUCAUCCUGGAGUCACCUCCGAAGGGGGCCACCAUCCCCUACCACCCUGGCCUCUCCCUGGGCACCAUCCUGCUCUCUGCCAACCAGAGCUUCUCUAUGCAGGGGCAGUACAGCGGGGUCUCUCCCGCGGAGAUGACGAAGCUGCAGCAGCUCUCAGGGCACACACUCCCCUUCGCCUCCCUGGGCCACGCACCUGCCAUGGUGCCAGGCCUGGACACCAGCUCCCAAAGCAGCUCCCAGGAGUUUCUGGUGCCCAACGAUCUCAUCGGCUGCAUCAUCGGCCGGCACGGCAGCAAGAUCAGCGAGAUCCGGCAGAUGUCGGGCGCCCACAUCAAGAUCGGGAACCAGACCGAGGGCUCCAGCGAGCGGCACGUGACGAUCACAGGGACCCCCGUCAACAUCACCCUGGCUCAGUACCUCAUCACAACCUGCUUAGAGACGGCCAAAUCUACCUCCCAGGUGCCGCCAGGCCCUGGCUCCAUGGACCUCGGUGUGGGCUUCUCCCAGCCCCUCACCCCGGGCUCUG